GCCUCGCUACUCGGCAGUUUAAGUGCAGAGUCCGAUUGCCGGUCUGUCAUGUUAAUGCAACUGAGGACCACAGAUUCCGAAGAUGGCGCGGUCAUGGUGGUCCCUGAGUCAUUCGAAUUACGCGUCUUUCCUUAUGGGUGAAGUUAACUCGAUUCAAUAGAAUGAGCAUGUAGCAGUAUCGUUCGGAAAUGACAGGUGAAGAAAUUGCUCAUCUUGAUAUUGCAGUAUAUAUAGGCAAGUGCAAGUACUUCACUCCUGCACGCAAUUGAAGAAAUUACUCAUCUUGAUAUAAAGGCUCGAGAGAGAGAUCGAAACCCAUUUCGCAGCUCGUCUCUCCGAUACUCUUUUCGGGCUCGGCGCUCACAUGGAAUCCAACGCGUUGAUCGUCAAGCUCCUCCACGGCAAGGACGUGCGGGCGUUCAACUUCUUCCAGAAGCUCAACGUCUACGCCCGAGCCUCCCUCGUCAGCGACGACCCGAGCAAGAAGCUGGACCAGAGCCAGAGCCAGAGCCAGCAGCAGCAGCAGCGCACUCCGACGGUGAGGGAAUGCGACGGCGACCCGGAGUGGAAGCACGAGAUGCGGUUCGACCUGUCGGGGAUCCCCCUCGGGGACUGCGCCCACGUCUUCCUGCGCGCGGAUCUGUUCCACGAGGGCGUGAUGUUCGGCGACAAGCACAUCGGCGAGGUCCGCGUGCCGCUCGCGGACUUGGCGGAGCAAGGGGACGGGGUGGUCCGGUUCGUGAGCUACCAGGUGAAGAACCCGGAAGGGAAGCCCAACGGCGUGCUGACCUUCUCGUACAGCGUCCACGGGAAGGGCGCGGCCGGCGACUCCGCGGCGGCGGCGGCGGGGACCGCGCCGGGCCCGAUCAUCGGCGGGUAUCCGGUCGUCAAUCCUCCCCCGCCGCACGGAGGAUGGGUCGAAGCCGGAGCCGCCGGCUCGGAGAAUCAACCUUCGUCGCCGGAGAUUAAGUACCCAAUGAUCGAUUUCCAGAGCGAACCAGGAGAAGCCUACCCUGUAGCAGUGCCUUACGAGAGCUAUUAUCCGCCGCCGGAGAGCUACUAUCCUCACCCGCCGGAGAUGCUGCAUCCGCUGCCGCCGCCGCCACCUCCGCCGCCGCCGCCCUUUGCGCACGGGCCGUGUCACUACCCGCCGGGGCCGCCUCCGUUCCGUCCGUGGCGGCACGGUCCCCACGGCUUCGGCGGAGGGUGGCGGGGAGCGCCGUGGGAGCGGGACCGGGGCUUGUCGUAUUGGAACGGCAGGUGAGAUCGCGACGGCGGUUUGAAUUGUCGUUGGGAGCUCGUGGGUAGCGUCGAUGUAUGUGUGGAAUGUGUGUAUAUCUGUAUGUAUGCACUGAACUGAAUGGCAGUGGCCGUCGACCAGCUGUUGAGAUCAAGAUUCUAGAUUUUCCGUUGGGCGUCGUUGUACGUCACUUUCCCGGAAAAUUUUCGGCCGGGGGAAGACGAUUUGACGGGAAUAUCUGCAUGUUCCGGAGACAGAUUUUAGCAUUCUCGUUGUGUAGCGUAUGGCUUCAGUUGUCAUCAGACAUUAUCAAUGGAAUGGAAAGUUUCCGACUUUUGGUA